UCAAAGUCCCACACGCUGCAUGUGAGGUGUCCAGGGGAAAAAUGAAAAGUUGCUCUUGAGAUUGUUGUUUUGUGUUUGUUUAAUUAUUGAGCUCUCUGGGAGGUGGGUGUGCUGUGGAAGGGGGGAUGAAAACGAGUCACUAGAGGCUCUCCAAACCAAAAGACAACCUGAUCAGCGAGAAGAGGUUCAACACAAGCGACCUCCCACGCCUACCUGGAGCUGCAGCACACCUGCGGGCGGCCGGCUCCCAGUGCAGUGGUGGUUACCCUCAGCUGAAACAGGGCCUUUGCUGGGUGGAGGCAGCACGCUGCAGCCAGGACCUGUCACAUUACUCUCAGCUCCACAGUGGGACGAGGGCACCUGAAUACAGGCUGUGAGGGAGGGUAAGAGAGUGUGAGUGAGACUAAACCAAACACAGGGAGAGAAGGAGAAGCCUCGGCAGCAGCAACAGAGUCCAAGUUGGGACUUUCUGGGAGACACUUCAAGAGGAUCACAGCUGUGUGUCUCUAGAGAUUGUAGUUUAAGGCGUUCCAGCUGUAAGACUUUGGAUCCGUUUGAAAAAGAGGCAGAAUGGAUAAGGAUGCUCUGUAUGACUAUGAGUACCCGGACCUGGAUCCCUUGCCAACAAAAAGGGAAGCAGAAAUAAUCCCUCCAUGUGACCCCACUGCUGACGACAGGCUCUACCAUAUAUGCAUCACUGCAAUAUCUCUCGUUGUCAUGCUGAUCCUAGCGAUCUUAGCCCGGCGUACGAAGGUGGGCGACAGACAGAAAGGACUUCCAGGUUUACUCAGUCCGGUCAACUUCCUGGACCAUACGCAGCACAAGGGCCUGGCAGUGGCUGUGUUUGGAGUUCUCCUGUGCAAACUGUGGGGCCUGAUCGUAUCGCCAAACCCCCUCCCCUUCACGACAGACACGGAGAAUAAACAGAACUGGGUUAUUCUGGGAGUCUUCUACUACCCAGCGCUGUACUAUCCUCUCCUGGCAUGCGGCACUUUACAUAAUAAAGUCGGCUAUGUCCUCGGUAGCCUCUUGUCGUGGACGCACUUUGGUGUUUUGGUCUGGCAGAAAAUCGACUGUCCCAAAUCACCUCUGAUACACAAACACUACUCCCUUUUCUCCAGCCUGCCCCAGAUAGCUUGCUUGGCAUUCCUUAGUUUCCAGUACCCGCUUCUUCUGUUCAAGGGCUUGAAGGGCACUGAGAAGAACAAUGCCACAGAGGACCUCGGCAGCAGCUACUACAAAGAUUACGUGAAGAAAAUGCUCAAGAACAAGCCGAGCAAACUCAGUGCAACGAACACAGAGACGCCCAAGCUCCCUCAAAGAAUCCUCGAUGCCGUGAAGUCGUACAUUUACACACCAGAGGAGGCCUUCCGUUUUCCCUUGAAGCUGGCUAUAUCUGGUGUAGUGUCAUUUAUAACCCUGUAUCAGGUGGCUCUUCUCCUGAUUUCCACGGUGGUGCCUCCCCUCCAGCUCGCCCGCUCGGGAGUCGAUGAAGACAUCGCCAACGUUUUAGCUGGUUUCAAGAUCAUGCUGUCUCCGGACAAACACGAGGUGGUCAGGAUCGUGGUUUAUUACAUGUGGUGUGUGGAAGUGUGCUACAUCUCAUCAAUGACCUUGUCUGCUUUGGUCAACCUGGCUAUGCUCAUGCGCUCCAUGGUUCUGCAUCGAUCCAACCUGAAGGGGCUGUACAGAGGAGACAUCUAUAAUGUUUAUAACUGCCAGAGAAGCAUCAGGGCUUCGCGGCCGGCGCUGGUCUGCUGGAUGGGAUACACCAGCUUCACAGCUGCUCACAUCUUCAUCGGCAUGAUCAUCCAGACCAUGGUGUUCUUCCUCUGCCUCCUGGUCGCCAUCUUCCUCAUCAUCAUGCCCAUCCUGCACGGACAGAAUCUGAUCCUCUUUCAGAUCCUCUUGAGCAUGUGGCCCUUCUGGCUGAUGAUCAUCUUGGCUGUGUUGAUCCAACAUAUCACCGGCAGGUUUUGCUUCAUCAAAAAAACAGCAGGCACACGGGACCUGGACAACAGGGGUAAUCUGUUCCUGCUCACCUACCUGCUGUUCCCAGUCAAUGUUCUGAUCGGGGUGCUCCUGGCAGUGUGGCGCUUGAUCAUCACAGCCCUGUUCAACAUCGUCCACAUGGGGCGGAUGGAUAUCAGUCUUCUUAACCGCAAUGUGGAGGCAUUCGACCCAGCCUACCGCUGCUAUGCUCAUUAUCUGAAGAUUGAGGUGAGCCAGUCUCACCCUGUGAUGAAGGCCUUCUGCGGAUUGCUGCUGCAGUCAGUGGGCCAGGAGAGCAACACUGCACAGAGGUCACGGGACGCUGAAGAGGGGAUCCAGCUGGUCCAGCAGGAGAAGAAACAGCACAAAAUAUCCAGUGCCAAGAGGGCCCGCAGGCACUGGCAGCUCCUCUACACCCUGGUCAACAACCCCUCCCUGGUGGGCACCAGGAAGCACUUCCAGCGUCAGGCCGCAGAGAGCUUUCUGAAUGGAAGCCUCAACCGCAGCGCCAAGGAGGGGAGCAAGAAGGAGGCGGCGACCAAGGAGGCGGAGGCCACUGCCAGCAACUGAGAGCGAAUGUGACCACGGUUGAGGAUCGGCUGCAAAGCCGCUCCUUUUGGUUUCGGGAAAAAUUCUACAGUCAUAUUAUUUUUGCUCACACCUGCUGUAGAUGUGUCUAAUAAGUGCACUUACGGUUCAGUGCCACAUGUAGAGAUACUCCCCAAACCUUUCCUGUCUGGAGACGGUGCGUCCACUUCAUGCUCUUUAUGUCCCCCUGGUUGUUUAUAUGUGAGGGCUGCGGUCUCCAGUCAGGUGGAGAAGCUUGUGUGUGGCACUGACAUCCCAUCCAACCACACUCAUUAUGUGUCAUUUUCAACACGUUGACGUGCUUAUUUUGGGAUAGCACUCGUUUGCUUAAUGUUUCGACCUGUAGGUUAAUCACAUGCUCUCCAGUCUCAUCAUGUAGUGCAGAUAAUGCAGAUGUGGUAGUCGCCCAAACUGAACACAUGGAUGUACAAUCCACUGAAGCACCCUCUUAAAAGAGAGUAUUAUUAAUAUAUAGAGCAUUACACUAUUUAUGAAUAUACAGAAUGAGGGGUUUUCAUAGCCUGGAUGAUAAUUGUUUUGUUUUUUUCAAUUGUACACAUUUUGUGUAAUUAUCAAUAACCUGUGGAACAGGAAAGGCAAAUGAAACUGUUUAUUUUCUGUUUUAUUUGUAGAUCUUUAAGUCCAAAACCACUUGCUGCUACCAGCAUUUUCUUAUUGUCGUCGAAACUCUUUUUGUUUGUUUUUUGUUGGCUUCUAACAUUCACAAACAUUUCAUCGUUUGUCCCUGAAUUUACAUUUAAAAAAUUUCGACUUUUAAGUUAAAAUAUGAACACUCGAAUUUUCCUUCUGAUUACUGUGAAAAUAAAAGUGAAACAAAAGUU